CGCGUUGCUUUGUUGUCCUUCAGCAGCGGAACUGAGCAACACCGGCUGAAGCUAACGGCUAAAUCCAGACAAAACAAGAUGGAGGUGGACCAGCUCCUGUCUCUGUCCGGCUCGGCUCUGGCUCAGGCCGUCAGCUCUCUGCUCGAGACGCCCGGACUGUACGUCUUCUCUGACAUCCUGGAGCUGCCCAACGUCAGAGAGCUGGAGAACGGGCCCCACGCUCCGGUGUACCAGCUCCUGCACCUCUUCGCCUAUGGAACCUACUGCGACUAUAAAGAGAAAGCGGCUUCACUCCCGGAGCUGACCCCAGCACAGAGGAACAAGCUCAGGCACCUGUCCAUCAUCAGCCUGGCCUCCAACCUCAAGUGCCUGCCCUACUCCCUCCUCCUGCAGCAGUUGGAGCUGAAGAACGUGCGCGAGCUGGAGGACCUGCUGAUCGAGGCCGUGUACUGCGACAUCAUCCAGGGAAAACUGGACCAGAGGAACCAGCAGGUGGAGGUGGACUGCAGCGUGGGCCGAGACCUGGGCCCCAACGAGCUGCCCAACAUCAUCAGCACACUGCACGAGUGGUGUACGGGAUGCGAGGCCGUGCUGUGUGGCAUCGAGGAGCAGGUCUCACGGGCGAACCAGUACAGAGAGAGCCAGCUCAAGGUCAAAGUUCAAGUUGAAACCGAGGUCUCAAACUUACAGAAGACGCUAAAGGCCAGCGCCGCCUCCCCGUCGUCAGGCCCCGCCCCCGCCGGAGCAGCGUCCAAUCAGGAUGCAGACCAGCCCGCCGAGCCCCGAGACCCCGCCUCGUCCCAGGAACCACGGCUGCCGGGCAAAAAGAGCUCCAAAGUGAAAGGUAAACACUAAAGCAGCUGCCUCCGUUACGAGGGAGCGGGAAAAUUUGGUCAAAAUCAAACUGAAGCUCGGCUCUGACGGACAGUGGCAUUUAUGGACACAGACACUUGGACUUUUAACACCGAGCACCAAGAGGCCACUGCCCCCACCGCGCACACUUUUGGGACUUUUCUUUCACAUGAUUUAGAAUAAAACACGAUGCAAAGCUUUUCUCCAGCAGGGGGCGUCAGCGGUGAACUUUAUUUUAUCUGCACAUUGUGUCUACGCUGCGAAAAAAUGAGCUGAAGUAACUUGGAUUUCUCAGAUGUUUAGUUUGUUCGAUUUGGACUAGUUUAAAGGAGCAUUGUGUAACUUUUUGGGAGGAGUUCUUCACCUGCUUGUGUUGUAAUUUUGCCUGGAAUUUUCCGCAGUACGGCAUUAAACUUGCCCGUCUUGCAUAGGUUCAAUUAUUGUCAUUUUAUUGCUCAAAAAUACCUUGAAAAACGUGCAUUCUUGACAUGAUCGGAGCGUUUUUUUUCCACAGAUGUGACUCGUAACUUGGCCUGGUGGCUUUUCUCGAUUGUCUCCAUGGUAAUAGAUGUUUAAAGCCAUGCUGCGGAACAUUCCAGAAGUGUCCGUUUUAAGUUACAAGGGUUAUUUUUCAACAGAUUUUAAGAUUUUACGUGUUAAUUUGAUGGUUUUUUGCAUUUUCAAACCAAACUUUCCGCUAUUUGCAUUAGAUUUUUGACUUUUUUUGUUGUGUUCUAGCCACGGCAGAUGGUUUCGCCAGAAAUAAAAUACUAAAUAUAUCGAAAUAUAUCAGAACUACCAUGAAAAUCUCAACGUAAACCCACUUCAGAAGUCAAAACUACCCAAAAAAAGAGAUUACUGUUGUGACUUUAACGUCUUUAAACCGACGUAAGCAUCAGUCGAGAGCGCAACCAGCUCAUGUGACGUCUCUUUCCUUCUUUCCGACGCCUUUUCUGGGUUUAACUCUGGAGCCCUCCGUGUUUGUCCUUUUUGUAUUUCCUUCUGUUGACACGUGUUUGAAAGCGUAACAUAAAUCCAGUUCCCACAGCCUCAUUAAUGUCACUGUCAUUUCUUUUAUUAACUGCACUUCAGAGCGUUGCCUCCGGGGGGUGCAACGCUAAAUGUUAACUCACAGAAGGGGGCGAUCCGAGAGCAGGUCGAGCCAUUAAUUAGACCGAGUCCCCAAAGACACUAAUAUAUGUGGA